UCCAAUGCAACCCGGCGGUUCGGCUUCUCUUCCCUUCGUGCGCCGCGCGGGCCGUGGCACUGGCAGAGCGGUUCUCUCGUCUUUCGUCGCCCCCUUGCUCCCUCGUGUUCGGCCCCACUCGCGCAGCCAUCGGCGAUGAUGAGGAUGGGGACGCUGCUCGGCGCGGCGGCCCAGGCCACGCUCCUGGCCGCCUUCCUCCUCGCGGCGCCGGCGGCCGCCGAGGACCACGUCGUCGGCGGCGCGGCGUGGCGCAUCCCGACGAGCCCCGGGCUGUACCGCGCCUGGGCGGACAACAGGACCGUCUACGUCGGCGACAACCUCGUUUUCAGGUUCGAGACGGGGUUCUACGACGUGGUGCAGGUGGGGAACUGGGAGUUCGACCAGUGCACCGCCGCCGACCCCUACCAGCUCUACCGGACCGGGCCCGCCGUCAUCCCGCUCGACCACAAGGGCGUGCGCUUCUACGUGUGCACCAUCGGCAACUACUGCUCCCUCGGCGUCAAGAUCUACGUCGUCGUCCAGCCACGCUAGCCUGCUCCUUCCCUCAGCGUCUCUUCCUCGUCCGCAACUAUUGUCGCUUGUAAUUGUAAUUAGUGACAGCGCAUUACGACAAUUUGUAUCAAUCAGACCAAUCCAUGAUUGUAGAUUUGUGCCCUCAGAUCAAAACAAAAAAAGAUUGUAGCUUUGUCAAA